AUUAAACAAAGAAAAAUUUAGCACAAACAUGUAUAUAUCAUGUUUUUCGGAAGAUGUAUAGAAAAAGGACAUUUAAGUGCUAGAACAGUAUUUCAGUGUUUUUUUGCGCGUUAUAAGUCGGGUACUAUCUCAAAAAAGCGGUCAAAAAGUCCAUUAUUACAGCAUAUUCGUGUUUUGGAACAGUAUGUUGCAGAAUUGAGUGCAAAACUUGAAAAACAUGAUAAACAAAGAUUAUUAAAAAACAAUGAUUCUGAUAGAAAGUCAUUGGAAAGUGAACAUGAGUUUCUAUAUCAUUCUAUUUGUAAUCCGCAAAAUCAAGAAUUAGCGUUGACAAAUAAAUGUCCUAUUCUUCCUCCUAUUCUUGAAGACAAGCUUGGAGACUUAUCUCAAGAAAUAGAUUUGAACACUACAUGGACUCAGAAAUUAAGCAUGAUUAAUGCUCGUGGAGGAUUUAUGGGUUUAACGACAUCAGAAGUCAAUCAAAUAAUAGCAUCUAUUACGCCUAAAGAAAGAGGAGGAUUGACAGAUGUUAUUUUUAGUAUGAUAAAGAAUGCUUCUAUUCAGCCUGAUAGCUUAACGUAUGAUUUUAUGAUUAAUGGCUGCAUUGAAUUUGGUAAUGUUGAAAAAGCUAUGAAUCUUUUUUCCCAAAUGAAACAACAUGAAAUUAAACCUACUGUAUUUUCAUAUGCUCAUUUAAUGAAUGGAUAUGUGAAAAUUAAGUGUCCUGAUAAUGCAUUAUUACUCUUUAAAGAUAUGAAAAAUUAUUCUAUUGAGCCUAAUCUUACUAUCUAUACUAUUUUAAUUUCUGCAUUUCUUCAGAAAAGGUUAUUUAAUAAUGCAUGGAUGACUUUUAAUUUAUUGAAGUAUCGCUCGAAAGAUGUAUAUCCAGAUGUUAAAACAUAUUCUCUCAUGAUUUAUUCAUGUGCUUUAACUGGCGAAGCAGAACGUGCAAAUAACUUAUUUGAAGAAAUGUUAUCAUUACCUGAUGGACCUCUCGUGCCAACUGUAGAAACAUAUAAUGCUUUAAUACAUGCUUUUGCUGAACGAAAAGACUAUUUUUAUGAAACAUGGAGAAUAGCAAAAACUAUGGCAGAUAAUAAUAUUCCUAUGGAUAUGAAAACAUUGAAUGCAUUACUAAGAGCCUGUGGAAAAGUAGGAGAUUUAAAAAAGGCAAGAAUAUUGGCAAAAUAUAUAUUUCAAAAAUGUAAAUGUCUAGAUGAUGUAAAUAUACACACUUUUCAAGGUUUAUUUAGAGCCUACUCUAAUUAUGUUCCAAAUAACCAACAUCAAGUUUCAAAAUUUUGUGAUUCUUCUAAUAGUAAACAUGAUGCAGAUAUUUUAAUUUCAGAAUUAAAUAUGAAUAUAUCGAAUGAUACUAAGAGUAAUUUUUUUCAAGAUAUUAAGAAUUGCGUUUUUUUCAAAAGCGAUUUAAAUACAUCAAAAGAUAUUUUAAAUGAAUCUAAAGCAUUAAUGACAUAUAUACAGAAAAAUAAAUAUUCUUUUUUAGAUGAGCAGCUUAUGAAUGCCUAUCUUGCUAUACCAAUUAAUCAAGGAUCAUAUUUUAUAUUUAAAUAUAUUUAUGAGAAUAUGUAUUAUCCUAUAACUACUGAAAACCUGUAUGAAGAAUCAAGUUACUUAAAUUCAAACAAAUUUAAAAGAGGGCCAUAUACAUACGAGUUAGGGCUUCAAGCGGCAUAUAAAUUUAAUGACUUGAAAUUUGCUCGUCUUGUAUGGAAUGAAAGAGAAAAUUGGAGACAUCUAAUAGAAAAUCAAAGAAAAAACUGUGAAAAAACAAACAAACUGUUUACUCAAGAAUAUCUAAAUAAUUUAGAUUUUAAUAUUUACAAAUCAAUGAUUAACAUUUUAACUAAAAACAAUUUAUUAGAAGAAGCUAAACACCUUUUAAUUUCCUCUAAAAAAAUGUUUCCAUGGCAAAUAGACCAUUUAAAGCCAUUAUGGAGUAAAGUGGGGCAAAUAAAAGAUGAAGUAUUUAAGUCUUUAAUACUUGAAAUAAUAAAAUCAGGGAAAAGUUAG